CUCUCUUGCUCUCCUCCACUACAUCACAGAUUGGAUUCGCGAAUAAAAUGGCUACCUCGGUUGCGAAUGAGAUCAAACUAAUGUCCGGGAGUUCGCAUCCUGAUCUAAGCGAAAAGGUUGCGGAUCGCCUCGGAAUCAAGCUAGCGCAUACAGUCAGUCAAAAUUAUUCGAACUUGGAAACCAGUGUUACAAUCGGCGAGUCUGUUCGAGACGAAGAUGUCUACAUUAUACAGUCCACUGCUCCCGGUGAGGUCAAUGAUGGGCUUAUGGAGCUUCUUAUUAUGAUUCAUGCAUGCCGUAUUGCUUCAGCACGCUCGAUCACUGCGGUCAUCCCGAACUAUCCAUAUGCCCGCCAAGAUAAAAAGGACAAAUCACGCGCUCCUAUCUCGGCACGCCUUGUCGCAAAUAUGCUUCAGUCGUCCGGUGCAAACCAUGUUAUCACCAUGGAUUUGCAUGCGUCCCAAAUACAAGGAUUUUUCAAUGUCCCGGUAGACAACCUUUAUGCUGAACCGAGCUCAUUGCGUUGGAUCAGGGAAAACCUUGACGCUGAUAACUGCGUUAUUGUCUCGCCAGAUGCUGGUGGCGCAAAGCGGGCAGCUAGUCUUGCUGAUAGACUCAAAAUAGGGUUUGCUCUCAUCCACAAAGAACGUCCUCGGCCAAACGUCGUUGGUCGUAUGGUUCUGGUUGGGAAUGUGGAGGGUAAAACAGCAAUACUCGUUGAUGAUAUGGCGGAUACAUGUGGAACGCUAGCCAAAGCAGCGGCCACGGUGAAGGACCAUGGUGCAAAGGAGGUUUAUGCCAUGGUUACUCAUGGAAUAUUAAGCGGCCCGGCUAUUGAAACAAUCAAUACUUCGUGUUUGUCCGGGUUGGUCGUGACAAACUCGGUUCCCCUAGGUGACAAAAUCGAGAAGUGCCCCAAGUUGAAAGUCAUUGAUAUAUCGGGGACCUUGGCCGAGGCCAUUCGACGAACACAUAAUGGUGAAUCUGUAUCAUAUUUGUUUAGCAAUGCGCCUUGAACAUUGGCGUCAGUCGAACGCACAUUGCUUUGAUUGUAUCCUUUUCAGAAACGGCAUCUCAUGAAGUUAUGCUAUUUCUUAGUCUCCAUUGUGUAGACCUGAAAAAGCUUGUCAUCUCGAGUGGCUUAAAUGCUAUGGUCCAGAUCCGAAUUCAAUGAUAGUUUGGCCUGUUGAAGAAUAGACUGAGGCUAACUUGGGCUAAAGGUCCUUUAUGGACGCGGGGUUACACAAUACUAUCUGGGAUCGCUCACCAUUUUUGAUUUUGUGCCGUCUUCGUAUUGUAGGAUGGGAUUUACAAAUAGAGCAUAUUGGCCUUGAACGUAAGGCGCGCUUCUCAGAGACCAACUCUAUAGUAGUUAUCAAGAUACUUACCAGCUCGAUUCAGAAAUCUCGACUUUUUUUUCCCUGU